AAUCAUAAUCAUAGUGACCAGAACAUCAUCACCGUCCACCCUUAUUUGGCGACAGCUAAUAAUAUGGAUGAUGUGGGAAGAAGAGGAGGUGUUAAUUAUGAAGGGUGCUGGAGCUCAGCGAAGGUGUCAGUGAGCGUAUGCGGGGACGACGCACACAUCAGCGUUUGCUGUGAGGGGAAGAUAGGGCUGCUGUCGGCGAUUUGCUAUGUGAUGGAAAGGUACAAAAUAGAGGUGAUGUCUGCUCACGUUUCGUCUCCUCAUCGUCUUCGUAGCAUGCUCAUGAUUCAUGCCCGCGUGACAAGUGGAUAUGCAACUCAGUUUCCAGUGGAAGAAAUAUACAGGCAAGCCGCCGAAGAAAUUCUUCUGCUCUGCGGAUAACUAUUACCAGGCGCGCGCGGCCCUCAGUCUAUCUCUCUUCAUACAUUGCUCCGUGUUAUUUUCUUCUUCGCAUGACAUAUU